GAGCACAUAUUUCUAUAAUAUAUAGUAGUAUUAUAGACUAUAGUACCAUAGAAUAGAUAAAUAUGAUAGUACCAUGGAAACAUAUUAAUGAUAUUCUAUUAUGUCUAUGUAUAGUACAGUGCAGUAUCAUAGGACAUAGGACAAUUUAAUAGAAGUCGGUGGUAUGGAGGGACACCUAUCUGCGAGGUCCAUGUUCUGAUAUUAUUAUAUAUAUUCAUAUCUACGGUGGAAUGCCGAAUUCCGACAACCCAACUGCUUCCUCCAUAGCACUUCUCUACAUCGUGCUCCAUAGCAUUAUAGUAUAUACUAUAUAGUCCAACUCCCAGACGCUGAUGUAAUUAUGUUAAGACGACGUGUAAACCAUAGACGUAUGUCGUAUACUAUAUUAUAUUAUACUUCUAUAGUGUAAACCCACAGGGCACAGAUAUAUACAUUAAUUAUUGUAUAUGAUCACACUGGGAUAGAUAACAACUAUAGUAGUUAUACUAUAAUAAUAUAAUAUCCUUGUAUAAAUUAUAUACAAUUGUAUAUGAUCUAAGAUAAUAACCAUAAUUCAAUGGUAAAUUGUGUUUAUCAUGGUGUUUACCGCCUGACGCUGAGUGACGCCUAUCCGUCAUUUAAUUAUUCCGUUGUCCGUCAGCGGUCUGCCGUCCGGUGUGCUAUCGAAUAUUGGGUUUUAUUCUGUUCUAUAAUAAAUCGCUUAUUACCUACGUGUUGCACAACGGUAACGCUCUCUAUUUACAAAACAGAUACAAAUGUAAGUCCAUGACUAGCCGUAGAUUGAAAAUAUAAGAUCAUGUCUAAUAAAAGACGCACAAACCACAAUGACCAAGGUCAAAUUUACCACCCUAGAAGAUCUAGAACAAAUCCAUCAGUUAAUGCAGAAAAUAUCCAAUUUGAUUUUAAGUCACUCGAACACCAGAAUGAACAGUCACGUUCAAGUGGUUCUAAUACAAAGGAACAACGACAAAAAAAAAAACAGAAUUUAGUUAACAAACAUUCUCAGUGGACAUCAAAAUUUAAUUCAGAAAAUCGACAAGAACAAUUGAAAUUCAACCAAUCUUCAGAAAAUAGGCAAGAAAGAUGGGGAAAAAAAAUUGAGCAAAAACAAGACUUGGCUAAUGACACUAAUGAAACAAAAAUUUUAAAGUAUACUUUUGGAUUCAAGCGCCUCGAAGAGUUAUGUGAUAUGGAUCCUUCCGAAAUUGUAUUUGUGAUGUCUAAUAAAACCAAUGGAUUCAUAGAUCUAUUCAAACAAAAUAAAGAACCAGAUUGGAUAUUCUUGCUUAUGAAAGUUUCAGCUAAAGUCUGUUCUUCAGAAUUAUUGCAAAGUAAAAUUUUUUUACUUACAGAAUUAACAUGUAAUCAAUUUUUUAAUCACAUAAAAACCUAUAUACUGAGUACACCUACAGAAAAAAACAAAAAUCGAUGCAACAAUAUGAAUACAUUUUAUGAAAAUUGUUUAGUAGUUUUUCAAUCUAUAACUACGUUAUUUCCGAAAACAGCUGAAGAAAAAUUGAAAGAGAUAGUUGUAAGUAGCAACAUUGCUUUAUCUGGUAUUAAAAAUUAUUGUAAUCAUAUUAAAAUAAAUGAAACUACAAUUGUUGAAAUGAAUGAACUCCUACAAAAACUGAAUGAAACCAAAGUAACAGAAGAAUUAAAAUUAAAAGAAAAAUGUAUGAUUGAAAACAUUGCUCAAAUUAUGCCUCCCCCUGAAAAUUUUAGAGAACUUACAGUAUAUCCAACCGCAAUUGAUCUUGAACAUGGAGAACCAUUUUUACGACCUAAUAUCUCAAAAGGAGCUUAUCAGAAUGUAGAACACUAUUUGGAUGUUCAAUUUCGUCUUUUACGUGAAGAUUUUAUUGCUCCACUUCGAGAAGGAAUACAAUUUUAUAAAGAAUCAAUAAAUGAUCAUCAUCAACUUCAACGUCGAAAAAAAAUUAAUAAUAUUCGUAUUUAUCGUGAUGUUGAAUUUCUAAAAAAAGGUGAAUUUGUUCGCGAUAAAUAUGGUUAUAUGAUAACCUUUGACAAAAAUAAAAAAUUAAAAAUCAACUGGGACAUGGCUAAACGUUUUAUGUAUGGUUCUUUGUUGCUAUUUUCUACUAAUAAUUUUAAGACUUUUUGUUUGGGUAUUGUUUUGGAGCGAAAAGUUGAACUAUUAAAAAAGGGGAUCUUGAUUGUGGAAUUAUUAGAAGAUGCUAAACCGUUGUUUAAUGCAUCUAUUACCAUGGUGGAGAGCGAAGUAUUUUUCGAGCCUUAUAAAUGCUCAAUGGAAGUCCUUAAAAAUAUUAAUAGUCAUAAUUUCCCAAUGGAAAAAUAUAUAAUAUCGGCUUGUAAUACUAUAGAUUAUCCAUAUUAUAUUGACACAUUACCUGAACCAAUCUAUUCCAUUGACAACUUACAAAAAUUCCAUAUACUAAAUAAAUAUGAAUGGCCUACUGAAGAACAGCUAAAACUUGAUGGAAUGCAAUAUAAAGCAUUUAGAGCAGCACUAACUCAAGAAUUUACAGUUAUUCAAGGGCCGCCUGGUACUGGUAAAACUUUCAUAGGAUUAAAAAUUAUGGAAACCAUUAUAAGUAAUUUAUAUAAAAAUCAUUGUCUCUUAAAACCAAUAUUAGUUGUAUGCUAUACUAAUCAUGCUUUGGAUCAGUUCAUGGAGGGAAUCUUAAAUUUCACUAAUAAAGUUAUAAGAAUUGGGGGCCAAUCCAAGUCACCAUUAAUCGAACAAUAUAGCUUAAGAAAUAUAUGUCGUAAGUACAAAAGAUCUAUUACUACUAAUAAAGGUCUAAGAAAUGUUCAAGAUCAAGUGAAAACAACUAUGGAUAACAUAAAAUAUUUUAAGAAAUGUAGUGAAGUUGUUUCAUACAAUGCUGGAAUAUUAGAGUUAUCGUUACUAAAAAACGGUAUGCCUAAACAAUAUCAUGAUUUUUUUAAAACUUCUUCAGAUCUUCUCUCUUGGUUAUUUCAAGAUCCUGAUUAUUUUAGUGCAGACCCAAUUGGGUUUAUAAAUGGAAUUCACCAUGAUUUAAUUGAUAAGGUUUUUCAUUCCGAAAAAUUAUUGGAAAUUAAAAAAGAAGUGGAUGAAGAUGACGAUGAAGAUAAGCAAUAUGAACCCGAUUUUCAAGAUCUAGAUUAUGUUCAUAAAGAUGUUGUUAUUUAUAGUUUAGUUUUAGAUGAUGUAAAAUAUGCUUGUAAGAAAUUACUUGAAGAGAAUAUACGAUUAGAGAAUCUAUCAAAUUUACAUAUAAAUUUCUACAAUGCAUGUGAAGAAGCCAAAUUUAACUUCAGUAUAAUGGAAAAGAUACAUGAUUAUUUUGAAAAUAUGUUGAAUUUGGUUGAUAUUGAUAUUGAACUACCAAAACCAAUUCAUGAUUUAUAUGGAUUAAAUAUGGGUCAAAGAUGGUCUUUAUAUUUUCGUUGGGCAAGGGAAACAAAAGAGAUGUUUGAUCCAAAAAUAAUGAAUUAUGAAGAAAAGUAUACUCAAGUAUACAAGCAAUACUCAGAAUUAAGAGAGUUAGAAAAUAUAGAGCUUCUUAACAUGAUGCAUGUUAUAGCUCUAACAACUACUGGUGCUGCUAAACAUAGAAUAAUGCUAGAAGGCUUAGAGUCACCAAUUGUUGUAGUUGAAGAAGCUGCUGAAGUAUUAGAGGCACACAUUGUUUCAUCACUAACAAGACAUUGUCAACAUCUAAUAUUGAUAGGUGACCAUAAACAACUUCGUCCGAGUAAUGCAGUUUACAAAUUGGCAAAAGAUUUUAAUUUUGAUAUUUCAUUGUUUGAACGUAUGGUCAAUAAUGAAGUACCUUGUUACACAUUGGGUGAACAGCAUAGAAUGCGCCCUGAAAUAGCAUCCCUUAUAACUCCGUCAAUCUACAAUGAAUUGAAAAAUCAUUUAUCUGUCUACAAUAGAGAACAUAUUCGUGGUGUUAACAAAGAUAUAUUUUUCUUAAACCAUAAUAUUUAUGAAAAUGAAGUUGAGGAAAUUUCAAGCAAAAGUAAUGAUCAUGAAGCUAGAUUUUUAAUUAUGUUUGCCAGGCAUUUAAUUUUACAAGGAUAUACAACUAAUCAAGUGACAAUAUUAACAACUUAUAGUGGUCAAUUAUUUCUAAUUCGUUCAUUACGGAAAAAACACCCCAUAUUAGAUGGCUUGAAAAUAACAGUUGUCGAUAACUAUCAGGGUGAAGAAAGCGAUAUUAUAUUGCUUUCACUAGUUCGAAGUAAUGAAAAAGGAAAUGUGGGAUUUUUAAAAACUGAAAACCGAAUAUGUGUUGCAUUAUCAAGAGCAAAAUAUGGACUUUAUAUAAUGGGUAAUAUGGACAAUUUGUACAAUUCUGGUAAUUUGUGGAAACAAAUAAAAGAAACAUUAGUAAAUCAGUGUUCAUAUGGUGAUGAAUUGACUUUAGAAUGUGCCAUACAUUCUGGUAUUACGACAAAGGUUUCAAAGAGUGAAGAUUUCAAUAUAAUUAUGGAAGGUGGUUGUACCAUGUUAUGUAAAUCAUUGUUAUUAUGUGGUCAUUAUUGUUCAAGUGUAUGUCAUUCCUAUGACCGUGAACAUUUGGAAUUGAAAUGCAGGGAACCUUGUAACAAUUCCUGCGAUUAUAAUCAUCCAUGUAUGAAAAAAUGUUAUAUGGAUUGUGGAAAGUGCACCGUACUUAUGAUGAAAGAGUUACCAUGUGGUCACCAAUCAGCAUUACCAUGUUUUGUUGAUAUUCAUACUUUUCCGUGUGAAGAAAUGGUAGAAUCCACCCUAGAAGAAUGUGGACAUAAAAUUAUUAGAAAAUGUCAUGACAAAAACCCAAGUUGUUCAUUUAAAUGUUAUAUUCGGUUAGAUUGUGGCCAUGCUUGUGAACGCAAUUGUCAUAAAAAUGAUGAUCCAGAUCACGAAAAGUAUAAUUGCUUAAAACCUUGUGAAAAUAUUAAUCAAAAAUGCUCUUUGAAUCACAAAUGUCAAAAGAUGUGUUAUGAAGAUUGUUCAUCAUGUACUGUUAAAAUUAAGAAAACUCUGCCUUGUGGACACAUAAAAAACGAUGUUCCUUGUGGAAUAAAUUCUAAUGAGAUUAAAUGUAAUCUUCCAUGUAUUCGUCCUUCAAAAUGUGGUCAUAAGUGUCUAGAUAAAUGCUAUAAACCGUGUAAUCCAUGUGAAAGUCUAGUAAAAAAAGUGAUACCCGACUGUGGACACUCAAUUACAAUGAAAUGUAAAAUAGUACCACAACGUAAACAUUGCACAAAUAAAUGUGAUCGAAAAUUAAUUUGUGGACAUACAUGUAAAAAUGUAUGUGCAGAAGAAUGUAUCCCUGAAGAAUGUGAGGAAAUUGUAGUGCAAAAAUCUAGUAAACUGGCUUGUGGUCAUACUAAAGUUCGUGUCUUGUGUUGUGAUAAAGAUAAAGAGUUUAGACUGGACAGCCAAUAUCUUCUUGAUAAAUGCCGUGAACCAUGUCUACAAAAACUAAAUUGCGGUGACAUUUGUUCGGGCACAUGUGGACAAUGUAAACAAGGUCGUUUACAUGUACCUUGCAGUGAGGUUUGCAACAAGAUAAACCCUUGUAAUCAUACAUGUAAAUUUCCCUGUAAGGAAAGAUGUCCACCUUGCAAUCAGAAAUGCAUUUAUUCUUGUGUCCACUCUAAAUGUCCUCGUGUGUGUGGUAACGAAUGUGCACCGUGCAUGGAAAAAUGUGAGUGGGAGUGUCCUCAUUUGAAAUGCACUAAAAAAUGUAAUGAAAUAUGUGAUCGAAAACCUUGUUAUGAGCCUUGUACAUUAAAGUUGAAAUGUGGGCAUGAAUGUAUAGGUUUUUGUGGUGAACCGUGUCCUCCUUUAUGUCGCAUUUGUCAACAAGAAGAAGUUACAACAAUAAUUUUUGGUGAUGAAGACGAACCAGAUGCAAGGUUUGUUUACUUGGAAGACUGUAAACACACAAUCGAAUCAAAUGCUUUAUCUAAUUGGAUGAACCUUAACAAUACAGAAAUAUGUUUGAAAGAGUGUCCAUUAUGUAAGACACCCAUUUUAAGAACCCAACGUUUCAUGAACCAAGUAAAAGUUAUAAUUGAGGACAUUUCAAUAAUAAAAACAAAAAAGAAUGGAGAACUAGAUGCUAUUAAAAGUGGCAAGAAAAAAAUAGUUGAAACACUAAACAAGUUAAAUAAUAAUUUUGUUUCAAAUUAUAUUGGUAAUCAAAAUCAUGGAGAUGAUAAUAUCAAACAUCUAUGGGAUGCAUUUUGCAAGCCUAUAAUAGCUUCAUUGAAGUUUAAAGGAAAGAAACGAGGAGGAAACGUCUAUUUACCCACAAAAGAUAUAGAAUCUUUAAAUUUUGUCGUUGAUUUGUUUGAAACUACUUCAAAGUUUAAAAAAAGAAUUGAAAGUAUUGAUGAUGUUCAAAAGAAACAAAUCAUCACUGACCACUUUAAGUGGUUACUUGAAGUUGCUUUUACUCAUUCUAGACAAUUAUCUAACCAGCAGAAAUAUGAUAUAAAUAUGGAAGUUGCAAGAGGUGCUAGGAUAAUAAGCUUAUUCGAGACUAUGUGCACUACAAAAUUUAAGAUGGCAUAUGGCAAUGGGAUGCAAAAUUCUUAUACAAAUGAAUUAAAAGACUUAAUAGGAAAUAUGGAAGCUCUGUUAAUGUCUUGUAAAAUAUACACUGCUGAUAGAGACAAAGAUAUAGAAAAGAUAUCAGAGUUAAUCGGAGAAAAAUUUGAUGGUCUGGCAAUCAUCACCGAUGAAGAGAGAAAGAUGAUACACGGCGCAAUGUCCACCAGUUUCCUAGAUGGUUAUAGAGGUCAGGGUCAUUGGUGUAAAUGUCCAAAUGGUCACAUUUAUAUUAUUACUGAAUGUGGAGGGCCGAUGGAGCAAGCUACUUGUCCUGAAUGUAAAGUGCCGAUUGGUGGUCAAAACCACCAACAUGCUUCAGGUGUAACAGUUGCAUCAGAAAUGGAUGGUGCUAGUCGUCUCAUGUGGACUUGAUUAUUGUAAGGAAAAUUAUUUAAUCAAAAAUAUGAUUCUAACAGUUUAUAUUAUACAAACUUAAAAUGUUGAUUACUAUAUUUUUUAUAUUAUGUUGUUGUUUUUAAAAUAAUAUAAUAUUUUAAUGGAAAUUUAAUUGGGCAUUGUAAAUCUAAUAAUUUAAUGCAUAUUUCUGACUACUUCACUUUUGAUAUAAUAUAUUUAGACAUCCAAUAA